AUGGCAACUAUCCUUACUAUGCAAUUUGCUUCAUCAGACGAAGAGGAUGAAGAUUAUUUUGUCGAUGAAGAAAAUGAUAAUGAUGAUGAAGAUGAAGAUGGAGAUGGAGAUGAUGAUAAUAAUGAACAUAAUGAUGAACAUAAUAAUGAACAUAAUGAUGAUGAACAUAAUAAUAACCAUGUGAAGACUAUAAGGAAAAAAAGGAAAGGUCGGUGCAAAGAUAUUAAGAAUAGCAUAAAAAAAUCGAUUAUAAAAGAAAAGAUAGAAAAAACAUAUAAAGAUAUUAAUUUAGAAUAUAAACAAUUAUAUACUCAUGAAUCUAAUAUUAGUAAUGGAGAUUUUUUAUUACAAUUUCAUAAAAAAGAUCCUCAGAUUUGUAAAAAAUAUAAUUCAUUAGAUAAGUUAUAUAAUCAUUUAAAUAAAUAUUGUUCUAUUGAACAUGAUAAUAAAAAUAUAAAAAAUAAUAAUCAACAACAAAAUGAUAAUCAUGUAAAUAAUUAUGAAGAUCAUUAUUCACAACAUUUUAUUUCUAUGAAAGAAUAUAAAAAAAGAUCAAGAAAUAAUCAAUAUGUUAAAGAUAUACAUAAUAAUAAUAAUCUUGUUAAAAGUGCACUCGAUAAUUUCUAUGAUAAUAAUUCUAUACAUGUUGAAAAAAAAUAUAUGUAUGCUGGUAAAAUAUUUACUAUUAAAAAAAAAAUAGAUAAAACAUCUGCAUCUUAUAAAAGAUAUUUAAAAACACAAGAUAAAAUUAAUAUAGGAGGAAACUUUAGUAAUAUUGAUCAACUCAUACAAAAUAUACAAGAAGAAAAACAAAUCAAUACAAUAGAUAAGUCAUCAGAAGACUGGAAACAAUAUAAAUUAAUUAACCUUGUAGAUGAUGAUAAGCUCAAAAAAAAUCAACACUAUUUAGAAAAUAAGUUCUUUGAAGAAAAUGUAGAAAGGAGACUAUACGAAAAUAAAAUUAAAAAAUUACACAAAUGA